GCCGCUGAGGCGGGCAGCGGCCGGGCCUGGCCAUGGGGGCGACGCCGCCCAACGGCAGCCUCGGCGCGGCCCUCAGCCCGCAGCCCGGAGCGGGGCCGGCGGCGGGGCCGGGCGAGCGCGGCUGCGAGAACGGGGCCCUUAUGGACAGCUUCGGCAUCUUCCUGCAGGGGCUCCUGGGCGUCGUGGCCUUCAGCACCCUCAUGCUAAAACGAUUCAGAGAACCAAAGCAUGAAAGACGUCCUUGGAGGAUAUGGUUUUUAGAUACUUCAAAGCAAGCCAUAGGGAUGUUGUUCAUCCACUUUGCAAAUGUCUACUUAUCAGACCUUACUGAAGAAGACCCUUGUUCACUGUACCUUAUCAACUUCUUGUUAGAUGCCACAUUAGGAAUGCUGUUAAUCUAUUUGGGUAUACGUGCAGUCAGCAGCCUUGUGGAAUGGCAGCAGUGGGAGUCCCUUCGCUUUGGUGAAUAUGGUGACCCACUGCAGUGCAGUGCUUGGAUGGGUCAGUGUGUUCUGUACAUAAUGAUUAUGACAUUUGAGAAAACCAUCAUCAUUAUAGUGCUUCUGAUACCUCAGUGGAAGGAGGUAGCUUUAUUGAAUCCUAUAGAGAACCCCCAGUUGGAGCUGGCUAUCGUCAUGUUGAUAGUUCCCUUCUUUGUUAAUGCAUUAAUGUUCUGGGUUGUAGAUAAUUUUCUUAUGAAGAAAGGGAAGACAAAAGCUAAACUAGAAGAAAAAGAAGCAGGACAAGAUUCAAGAAAUGGAAGUAAAGUCCGCUAUAGGAGAGCAGCAUCCCAUGAAGAGUCAGAGUCAGAAAUCCUCAUCUCAGCAGACGAUGAGAUGGAGGAAUCAGACACAGAAGAGGACCUGCGUAGACUGACCAACUUAAAGCCCAUUAAGAAGAAGAAGCAUCGCUUUGGUCUGCCAGCAGUGGCACAGAAAUACCCCGUGAAAAAGAAGCGUCCUCCAGUGAAGGAGGAAGAUCUCAAAGGAGCUAGAGGAAACCUUUCCAAAAACCAGGAAAUUAAGUCCAAAACCUACCAAGUCAUGAAGCAGUGUGAACAAAUGGGCUCUGCGGCACCUUCCAUAUUCAGCCGAGCUCGGACGGGUGGUGAAACAGUCUUUGAGAAGCCUAAAGACGAGCCGGCCAAAAGCGUCUUUGGUUGAGAGCCGAGCUGCACGUGCCUCCCCGCCACGAUUGUUGUAACAUUUUUCCACAUUUCUACCCCUUGCACUAAGCUCACCGUAGCCACAGAUAUUUGGUUUCUACCUUAAGUCAUUAAAAAGGGAGUGGAUUAAUAUCAGUGGGUACAACUUCCAUUUUAGUUUUUACUAUGUGCAUUCUUUCUAUGUGUCGAAUGGUGUUUGCUACAAUGGUUUAAUAAAUAAAAUGAUUGUUGAGCACAA